UACAUUAGGCUGUAGUUUAGGUUGUCAGAUUUAGCUCACUUCUGUACAAAUUUGUCCCAAAACAUUAUGGUUAAGUACACGCACGCACACACAAUUCUCUUUUUAUCCAAGAGGUGGCACUGUUGAGUUUUCAAAAUGUCCAUUUAUCCAUGAACAUCCCUAACUUUAAUUAUUUGCAAAUAAUUGUAUUAAUUGAAUUUAUUUAAUUUCCAUUAUAACAAUAAUAACGUUGUAUUAUAACUUAAGGUUUAUGUGUUGUUUUACACGUUAAUACAGGCACAACAAUAAUUUAAGUUAGACAUUUACUAAUUAUUUUAUAAUGAUUAUGCCGAAAAAUCAGUUGUUAUGCUCCUGACUUAUCCUACUAUCCUACUAACUGCAUCAUAUUAGAAAUGUAAAUAAUAAUAAUAAUAAUAAUAAUAAUAAAUAAAAAUAAAAAUAAAAAAAAAACUACACAGAAACACGUCCAGACACUCGUGUUACUAAAGUAAUGGAACUGAACAUUUUGAAAAAGGGAAGGACGAAAGAGUUAAACGUUCGAAGUCCAUUCAGCUCUUUCCUCCAGCAUUUCCAAAAUGACAGUCAGCUGACGAGAAAAGUUUUGGUUUCCGAACUAUGUUAACGAACUCUGAGAUUCAGCGACCCCAUUGGCUCGCUCCGAACCAUACGUCACGGCUGCUAUAAAACUCAGCAAUGCUUUUAAACUGUACUGUAGUGUGUCGAGUUUAAAAACACUCUCAGCUCGAUCUGUGUCAGCAAGCGCACUUCUUUUACGUUCCACUCACCCGUUUGACCACGAUGAUGUCUGCUCACGAGGAGUCACCAAAGUGUUAAAUGUUUGAAAUCCAAGGCCGCCGAAAUUCACUUGUAAAGAGAGGAGAAAAAGAUCCGAUGCAUCUUUGCAAUAGACUGUGCCAACGAGAGCUCAUAAUCUGGAGUUAAGAGAGCAGUGCAAAGUCCUGUGCAGUCUCUGUUUUCCUGCUAAGAGUAAAGCAUUUAAACAUCAUCAAGCUGGCUCACUCUCUCCCGACCCAGCCCGCUUUGACAGCUGCUCUUCACCCGCUCUGGAGGACGGUCAGCAGCAAGAGGAUGGCAUCAGAGCUGGCACUGAGCAGCUCCGACCUGCCCACCAGUCCCCUGGCCAUGGAAUAUGUUAAUGACUUCGAUCUGAUGAAGUUUGAGGUGAAGAAAGAGCCACUGGAGCCCGAUCGCAGCAUCAGCCAGUGCAGCCGCCUGAUCGCCGGGGGCUCCCUGUCUUCCACCCCGAUGAGCACGCCCUGCAGCUCGGUUCCCCCUUCCCCAAGCUUCUCGGCGCCCAGCCCUGGCUCCGGGAGCGAGCAGAAGGCGCAUCUGGAGGAUUUCUACUGGAUGACCGGCUAUCAGCAGCAGCUCAACCCGGAGGCGUUGGGCUUCAGUCCCGAGGACGCGGUUGAAGCGCUGAUCAGCAGCACACAUCAGCUCCAGAGCUUCGACGGCUAUGCUAGAGGGCAGCAAUUCAGUAGCGCAGCCGGCGCGGGAGGCGCCAUGGCCGGGGAGGAGAUGGGCUCCGCCGCCGCGGUGGUGUCCGCAGUCAUUGCCGCCGCUGCAGCGCAGAACGGGGCACCUCACCACCAUCACCACCAUCAUCACCACAGCCACCACCAGCAGCACCAAACCCCAGGGGUCCAGUCCAGCAACAACUCCUCUGCCACCCACCACCAGCACUCCCACCUGGAUGACCGCUUCUCGGACGAGCAACUCGUUACCAUGUCCGUGCGGGAGCUCAACCGGCAGCUGCGCGGCGUCAGCAAAGAGGAGGUGAUCCGACUCAAACAGAAGAGGAGAACCCUCAAAAACAGAGGCUAUGCCCAGUCGUGUCGCUACAAGAGGGUCCAGCAGAGGCACGUAUUGGAGGGCGAGAAGACACAGCUCAUGCAGCAGGUGGACCACCUCAAACAAGAGAUCUCCAGACUGGUGCGUGAGAGAGACGCGUACAAAGAGAAGUACGAGAAGCUCGUGAGCAGCGGCUUCCGAGAAAACUCGUCGAGCAGCGACAACAACCCCUCAUCCCCGGAGUUUUUCAUGUCUUCUAGAAAGUUCCUUCAUCUGUGACUAUGAGCCCUCUGAGCCUGGCCUUGAUGAGAUAUCAUGGUGGCAGUUGACAAGAUGACUCUCAGCACAAGGCCUUCCACAAAGCACAAGACCUCAAACUCUCUGAAGACGAUGCAACGAGAAUCGAAUCCAUCAUUUCCCCUCUUCUCCUGGCACUGUUCUUAAGGAGCCGAGUCCUUUGAUAAGAUCCCUUUUCUUUGACUGCACCUGCAGCUUCUUUUUUUCUACAAAUAAACAAAUUAAAUGGAAGAAAAAUGGAAAUGUGAAUGCAAACCUUAAAUCUAAAAAUGGCCAACCUUGUGCAAAGGAUUAUUCUGCUGUUGGAAACACUCUUUUCUUUUCAGGUGAAAAGAAAGAAAGAAAGAAAGAAAGAAAGAAAGAACAAACAAACAAAAAACAUCAAUUCAUGUUGUGAUUAGUGAUCAGCAGACAUUGCUUCACUGAGGCCACACUCAGCAUCUUUAGAUGACUUUCU